AUGACGUCCAAUGUUGUUACCAAUAGCGAGUCUUCCUUCGUCGGUGAUGGACCAUCCAGCAGCGUAGAUGGCACCGGCCUGAGGAGGAGGACCGUCGAAUUGGAACUGUCUGUUGGCAACAAUGGAUCCGACUCUUCCCUUGACGUCUCUGAGAAUGGUGGAGUUCAAGGUCAUGGCCAGGGCGUUCUCGUUGUAGCAGGAAACGGAGUUGACUGGGUUCGAGGCGUCGGUCUGGGCAGCAGCCUCGGCGGAGUUGGUAGCAGUGGCUUGCACUUGGCCGUCAGAGAUCUGGGAAGCACCGCUGGCCUUUGGAGUGGCGGUGGUGGCUUGGAUCUGGCCGUCGCCGAUCUGAGUAACAACACCAGAGGUGUGGGUGGUGGUGUCGGCUUGGAUUUGUCCGUCACCGAUUUGGGUGACAACACCGGCAGAGGUGGUGGCGGUGGUAGCCUGGAUUUGACCGUCACCGAUCUGGGUCACGACUGGGGCCUCAGUGGCAGUGGUGGCCUGGAUUUGACCGUCACCAAUUUGAGUCACAACGGCAGCGGAGGUGGCGGUGGUAGCCUGAAUUUGGCCGUCACCGAUUUGAGUGACAACGGCAGCGGAGGUGGCGGUGGUGGCUUGAAUCUGACCGUCGCCAAUUUGAGUGACAACGGCAGCAGCAGAAGAAGCAGUGGCAGUGGUAGCUUGGAUUUGACCGUCACCAAUCUGGGUGACAACGUCUCUCUUCAUCUUCUUUCCCUCGGCAGUCACUGGGUUGAUAGCAAUACCAAAAGUGUAGCUGUAGUCAGUGACAGUUCCGGCCAAAGAACCGGUUGGAGUCAAGGUGGUCCAUGGGUCGGAUGGGACGUAGGCAGCCAAACCGUUGACAGCCAAACCAAGGGAACCGAGAAGCGAAAGUCUGUUUUGCAUUAUAUUUAUUGUUUAUUGAUUGUGAUUAGAAUUGAUUUGAACAGAUCUGAGAAUUUAGUCGGGGAAGACACGGUCCUUAUAUACUUGCUCGUAGAUCCGAGCAAAUCAAUAGAAAUAGCCAAUUUCAGUCUAAAUUUACCCCGAUCGGGAUGGCUGGUUUUUAGACAGUAUUGA